GCCGUUGGAACUACAACAAGGAAGUGGACGUACACUGAUUGCCUGCCUCCAGGACGGAGACUCAAGACAAGGCGAAACGACACUCCGCGAACCGGACGUCGCUUCGCUCAGUUGUCGGUUACCGGCGAGGAGGCGACAGUGGCUUGGAGGACUGUGCGGGGGGUGUCACUGGUGGUCCCUGGUCACCGUGGACCAGCGUCUCAUCGUCCCAGGGGCUUCUAGCCAGCCAGCCAGCUCGCUAGCUAACUAGCUUGCCAUGAACACGGACGUGGAAUUCCACAUCAGGCAGAAUUAUCCGUGGAAUAAGCUGCCGGCUAAUGUCAAACAGAGCUUAGGCAACUCUCAGCGUGAGUACGAGAAACAUGUCUUGCUGUACAGCAUCCGCAACCAGCUGCGAUUCCGCAAUAACUUAGUCCGCCACGUGCGCAAGGACGAGCGCAAGUACUACGAGGAGCUGCUCAAGUACAGCCGCGACCACCUGAUGCUGUAUCCUUACCACCUGUCGGACAUCGUGGUCAAGGGGCUGCGCGUCACGCCCUUCUCCUACUACGUGGGAAUCAUGGAGGAUAUCAUGAACAGCGAGAAGAGCUACGACUCCUUGCCCAACUUCACCGCCGCUGACUGUCUGAGGCUGCUUGGAAUCGGAAGAAACCAGUACAUCGACCUGAUGAACCAGUGCCGCUCGUCCAAAAAAUUCUUCCGCCGGAAAUCGGCGCGGGAUCUUCUCCCGUCCAAACCGGUGGAGAUCUCCGUGGAGCCGUGGUGGGUGGCGCAGACGGGCUACAUCACCGAGGACGACAUCAGGAUCUGCUCCUCAGCGGAGAAGAAAGCCAUUGAUAAGAUGAUUGAUUCGGGACCUCAGCUGGCUGGAUCGAUGGAGUACAACGUGGUGCUAAGUUUGUACAAUCGGGGCUUUAUUUACUUGGACGUUCCCAUAUCGGACGACAGCUGCAUCUCAGUGCCCCCGUUGGAGGGCUUUGUUAUGAACCGUGUCCAGGGUGACUACUUUGAGACGCUGCUGUACAAAAUCUUCGUUUCGAUCGACGAGCAGACCAACGUAGCGGAGCUGGCAACCGUUUUGGAGAUCGAUUUGGACUUGGUGAAGAACGCCGUGUCCAUGUACUGCCGUCUGGGCUUCGCUUUGAAGAAAGGUCAGGUGAUCAGCUCCGAGCAGCUACACGCUACCUGGAAGAACGCGCCCUCCCUCAAUAGGCUCAAAAGCACUAUGGACCCUCAGAAGAUGCUGCUGUCCUGGGAGCAAGGCAGCCCCGUCAUGGAGGGAGGAUCCUCGGCCACGGACACGGACACCACCAGUUUGGAGGACCAAGCAGACACGGGCAGCGUGAGCAGCCUGAGCAUCCCCGCGGCGCCCACCAAGCGGAUCGCCUUCCUGUUCGACUCCACACUCACCGCCUUCCUCAUGAUGGGCAACCUGUCGCCCAACCUCAAGAGUCACGCCGUCACCAUGUUUGAAGUGGGCAAGCUUUCCGACGAGACGCUGGACAGCUUCCUGGCCGAGCUGGAGAAGGUGGAAAGCACAGCAGAGGGCGAGGCGCAGCGCUACUUUGACCACGCCCUCACCCUAAAGAACACCAUCCUCUUUCUGCGCUACAACAAGGAACUCACUCAGGACCAGGGACCUGAUAUCCCAAAUAUCGGUUUCCCCCUGGAUAUGCUGCGCUGCGAGAGCCUCCUGGGUUUGGACCAGGCCACCUGCAGCCGCGUGCUCAACAAGAACUACAAGCUACUGGUCUCCAUGGCGCCGCUGAGCAACGAGAUCAGACCCAUCAGCAGCUGCACGCCUCAGCACAUCGGGCCCGCCAUCCCCGAAGUAAGCUCCAUCUGGUUCAAGCUCUACCUGUACCAUGUGACGGGGCAGGGCCCGCCCUCGCUGCUGCUCUCCAAAGGCUCCAGGCUGCGUAAGCUGCCCGACAUCUUCCAGGUCUACGACAGGUUGCUGAUCACGUCCUGGGGCCACGAUCCUGGCGUGGUGCCCACGUCCAACGUGCUGGCCAUGCUCAACGACGCUCUCACGCACUCGGCCGUUCUCAUCCAGGGUCACGGCAUGCACGGCCAUGGCGAAACUGUACACAUCCCGUUCCCCUUUGAUGAGGAGGACCUCAAGGGAGAGUUCUCCUACGCCAACAUGUGCGUUCACAAGGCGCUACGCAAACUGCGCGAGCACGUGGACCUGGAGCACCAGUGUGGCUACAUCACUAUGCUCAACGCCAACAACAGACACCGGCGCCGGCCCAGCGACACCAUCGAGUGCAGAGGAGACACUCACCUCGGAGGAGGCUUGGACACCAACGGCAGCACUGAGUCCUUCGAACUGGUGUCGGAAGAGAACAACGGAGACGGACGAGCCAAGACAGACACCCUCUCAUGCGAGGACGAGUGGGUUCCCCUGGAGCUGUGCUUCGGCAUGCCGCUCUUCAGCUCCGAGCUCAACCGCAAGGUGUGCCGCAAGAUCGCCGCCCACAAGCUAUGCGGCAGCGACAGCUUGCAAGAGCUGCUUCACUCCAGCCGGAAGCUGUCCCUUAAGGUGCUGAGCUUCGUCCAGUCGUUUCAGGAUGGCGGUCCACCCUGCGAGCCGGACAGCGGGGUGACCAAUCCUCUCAGUCAGCCCCCGGCCGAAUCGGGCGUCCCUCUACCGGCCAUCAACCUCCUCUACAAGGAAGGGCAGCUGCGGGAGUGGAGCGGGCGGGCCCCUCCUCCUCUGGACAUCACAGCCCUGCAGCGCGACCAGUCCACGUAGAACCCCUCUCCGACCACCGUCAUCCACCCUUAAUUUUGCAUCCCGGCCCGGCAUUGAACAAGGGCCUUUUAGCUUCAGGAUCCCCACCAAAAACACAAGCGCUAGGACACCACCAGGCAAGAUAACACACUUAGCUUGCCCUCCACCCCUUACCGCAGUUGAUGUUUAGUGGAACCCCCCCGUCCCCCUUUUCAUGUGGUAUCAGUGUUCCAAAAGUCACCCCCAGCCCCAAGACCGACUGUAGUGUCAUGUUUAGUGAUGCGAUGCAUGAAAAUCCUUUCCUUUGAGGGGAGGUGUUAAUUGUUUGCACUGUGCAGUACUUACUGUGGAUCAAAAGUGGCUUCUUUCAUUUUUUUCCUUUCAGUUUGAGAGCACCAAAGACUUUUUUUGUUGUUGUUUUUUUAAUUAUGACUUGUUUUGGUGUGGUUUUAAAUUUUUGAUCCUUUUUUUUUUUUCAUUUUUACUUUUAUUUUUUUGCGCCUUAUCACAAAGUCACAUUCCAACUUCCAUGAGUGAAACUGAUAUAAAAAGAGCAGUAGCAGAAAAUCCUGACAGUUGGUAUCCAGUCUUGCCGAAUGCUGGCGCCUCCUCUGCAUCAGGUCCAGCUCAGAUAGCUCCCUGCUAGCAUUUCGUCUUGAUUGGGUCCAACAGUGUUAACUUCCUGCUGGGACCAUUUUGCCAUCCGGUUCAGUUCUGGUAUCUGCUUGCGCCUCUUGGAGUCCGGGGGCCAGCUCUGGUAGCCACCUGCUAGCAUCUCUUCCAGAUGGGAUCCAACUCUGGUGUAGCUAAAUGCUAGCACAAUUUCUGCACCAGAUAAGCACCAGCAAGCUCCUUGUUUAGAUUGGAUCCAGCUCCUCUUGCAUCUUCUGGACUGGAUCCAGCUCUGGUAGCUGCCUCUUAGUAUUUCUCUUAGAUGGUGUCUAGUUUUAGUAGCCACCUACGAGCAUCUCUUCUCUAUCAGGAAGCCACUUGCUAGCAUGUCUUCUAGAUGUGAAUCCAGUUCUGGUGGUUGACUCCUCGCGGCUUUUCUUGGUUGAGUCCAGCGGUGGCAGCCGUCUGCUAACACCCCGACUGGUCCGGGUCCAGCUCUGUGUCGCUGCCUGCCAGUGUCUCAUCUUGAUAAGAUAGCUAGAUGGGUCCAGCUCUGGUAGCUGCCUGCUAGCACAUCUUCUCAAUCAUAUGCGGCGAGAAUAACCUCUCUUUUGCAUCCCAUUUGGAUCGGGUAGCUGCCUCAAUCAAGUCAAGCUGUGAUUGUGUAGAUGCCUGUUUGAGCUUCUUGAUUAGGUCCAGCUGUGAAAGUUGGCUGCUAGCAUCUCUUCAAGGUGGAAUUCAGCUGUUGUAGCCCCCUGCUAGCGCAGCAUCUGGAUUGGUUAACCAUCUGCUGUUUCCCAUCUGGAUGGGUUUUCACCUCUGGGUGAGUUCAGACCACAUGUGUCUGAAAAUAUGGCAUCGUUUACUUUUGUUAGCAUUAGCAUAAUUUCUGUUGUGUUUCCGAAGAUUUCGACCUGUAUGUUUAUGUUUUUAUCAAUAAGCAAUGAAAAAAAAACCCCACACAAUCUCGUUCAAGCAUGGCAACUUUGGAACUGUUUGUGCGUGUACAUCCACUCGGGGUGUGUGUCCAUACUGCACACUUCCUUGAAACAACAAGAGCUCUCCCUGGAACACUGUCAGUCUUCAUGAAGCCAACAUCCACUCGUGUUUACAGAUGUUAGUUUUCUAUAUCAGCCUCUCUUUUCGGACAUCUUUGUUGUAGCUCCUUUAAAUGGUUUAAUUAUUACAAAGAUGAUGAUGAUGAUGAUGGAAAAAAAUAUGAAUUACAUUCUGCUCAUCUUAUAAUAAACAUGUAUAUGAAGAUGUAUAUAAAAAGGAAUUAAACGGGUUUCUCCCUGACUCUG